GUGUCGUGGCGUUAGCUGCCACAGUUCCUCCUCUCUUCCUGUCACUUUUCUUUCACUUUGUUUCGUCUUUAAUCAUUCCUCGAAGUCUUUCGUUCAUCACAGGACCGUGUGAGCAUCCGAGGCUGAAGAUGAGGCGCGCCGGGCUGGGUGAAGGGGGGUCUGGGAACUAUGUGGCCAGUGGAUACAGCGUGUACGAGGAGGAAAACGAGCACUUACAGGAGGGGCUGAGAGCCAAAGUCAAUGCCUUGAAAAGUUUGUCAAUUGACAUCGGAACUGAGGUCAAAUACCAGAAUAAAAUGCUGGACGAUAUGGACUCGGACUUUGACUCGACAGGCGGGCUGCUGGGCGCCACGAUCGGCAGAGUCAAGCAGCUGUCCAGAGGCAGCCAGACCAAACUGCUGUGCUACAUGCUGCUCUUCUGCUUCUUCGUCUUCUUUGUGCUCUACUGGUUCAUCAAGCUGAGGUGAUGAAUGGACGCUGCUGGACUCGUCCCUCCAGCUACUUCCCAGUCAGUGCCACUUCGAUGCAGCUCCACUCUAGAUCAACUUUUUGGUAAUUUACAUUUAAAAGAAAAAGGAAAAAAAAGACUUUAGAUGUACCCGAGUGUCUGAGCAUUUCACUUAAUGGUCUUAAUGUGAAACACAGAUUACUUUACAGUGGUUUCUUGAUGAACUUGAACAGUGAAAGUGGACUGAAAUGAUAAUGGGAAGCGUUUUGACUGGAUGUUGUUGAACAGCAGAACCCGCUUACUGGCUGAUUUACCUUGAUUCAUAAACUGUGGGGUGAAACCUGGAAGAGCUGCAGAUGAAUGAAUCGUCUUCAGAAAACUAACCUGAAGCUACAACCCAGUGCUAAUCCUCUGAAAACAAAAGGUUGUGUUACAUAACUUGCCAACCCAAUAGUAUGUCUUAUUGUCCCUACUUUGUUGUAAAAAUGUUGUUAAUGUAAAUAAAGAAAUUUUAUGCUUCGUUUGUCCAAGCACACACACGGCAUUUUGUGUGAAUUAUGCUUUAUUCUAAAAAAAUAG